CAAUCAAAACAUUUAGAAGUGCUCUAUACAAAAGACUUCAAUCAAAUCAAAGGUGGCGUGAGAUGAGUUAUGAACAGAAAUCAAACUAAUUAAAAUGGAGAAGGUGUAAGGAAGCACUUAACCAUCAUAAAACCAAUGACCGUAUGAAAACCGUUUAUAGCAUGGCUAAUUGAAGAGGGUGUGGACGGCAGAAAGUUUAGAGACGGAGCUUACGUAAAGAGGGUGGAACUGAGUAAGCAACAAAAGGUGUGACCUAGACUAACAACAGAAAUAGCAAACGGUAAGGACAUUCUUUAUAAAGGAAGAAGAGGCGAACAACACACUAACAAAGACUAAUAAAAGAGACCUAUAGGACUGGACAACGCUACUUAGGAAUAUGAAAAUGUAGUCCACAAUGGGAUAUUAUUUCUAUCAUGCAAGACAAUCUGAAAGAAGAUUAAUCCAGGAAUAAGACUUCAACUACAACCACUGUGUUCACCAGGAUGGCUUCUUCCAGCUCUUCAUAUUCAGCAUGUGCAAAUGGAGACACAUUCUGUCAGAUCCGGCUGUAUCAACAGGAAGUGAUCGUCGUACCCGUGCUGUUUUUGAUGAUGUUCUUGGUCAUACUGGUGUUUCUGCUGCUGAUGAGGUUUUGCCCUGAGAAAGUUGAUCGCUUGCAGCCGAACUCCAAACAGUCAGCUAGGAAUAGGAGAAACUUGCAAGGCAUUGAUGCUCCUGUGGGUCUAAAUGCUCUGGAGGGUGAGCACAUAGCACUGGACACCACGUCGUACAAGACCUUCACCCCUUCAUCACCAAUUAAAGAACACUACCCAUCUGACUCCUUAAGUGUCAAUGUGGCCUUCCCUGACGGGCGAGGCUCCUUCGGGGCCACAGCUUCAGCCUUCACAAAGCCCAAGGAACUCCCACGUCAACGGCUACCGGAGAAUUUUAAUGGGGUGUCUCCUCUUCCAGCAUCAUACUCUUUGAAGUCAGACUCUGUUUCACUCUAUAGGGCUCGAAUGGAGAACAGAAAUGUGGUGCUGCGUGUACUUAAAGAUUCAGCCAGUAAACAAGAAAGUCAGUCCUUUCUCGGCUUUGCAGCCUUCCUUUCCCAAUUGGGACCUAACCCCUUUAUACCAGAGCUUCUGGGUAUUGUAUCCCUCCGAGCUCCUCUCAUUACUGUUAUGGAAGAGAUGGAGCACCGGGAUCUUCUUGGAUUUUUGUGGAGAUGUAGGCAGGAUAAAGUUGCACUGGAAGGUAUUUGCGAAAUGACAGAGAAAAAGAUCUUCACUAUGGCCUUACAUGUGUCCACUGCACUGGAUUAUCUCCAUAACAAAGAUCUUCUCCACUGUAACAUCAAGGCUCGCAGCGUAUUAGUCAGCAGUAUGUUUACUGCAAAACUCUGGGGCUUCGGCGAUUUGUAUGCAAGAACUUCAGACAAUGUAAAUCACAGAGAAGAUCCUGGUAGAAAAAAGUGGCAGGCUCCUGAAUUAUUGGUCAAGAAACCCCCCACUCCAAAAAGCGAUGUUUGGUCAUUUGGACUGCUGCUGUAUGAAAUGGUGACACUUGGUGAGGUUCCUUUUGCUGAAAUUCCUGUGACAGAACUUCUACAGUAUCAUCAAAGAGUCAAAACCCUGAAGAAACCACACAACUGCUCAAACUCACUCUACUCAAUUAUUAAAGCUUGCUGUCAGUGGAAGGAGCAAGACCGCCCAUCACUGGCUGAGGUCAGACGUAAACUCCAGUCAGGAGAGAAAAGUGCCAAUGACAGCGUUGUUCUCCGGGUGCCUGAGCCCAUCAAUGUUGAAAAAUAUCUAAUGGAGGCAGGAUACGGAGAAUCCAACUACACAGUUUUCUAGAAAAAGAAAGCUCUACAAAAUGCAUGAAGUCAACACAAAAACCUCAUUUUGUGACUGUCAUGUAAACUGUGCAUUUGCAUGCUUCAUGAUGAUCAACUGAUAGUAGAUUGACCAUAUUUACAUAAUUUUGCACAAAAUCUUCCUUUAACUUUUAUUCAUGAAGCCAUGACCUGUUUGUCUCUGUUCCAGGAAGUAAAGAUCUGGUAACUGAUCUCAUCUUACUAAUACAUCCCACACCCUGCGUGUAAGCAGAAGAUCAUGACAUAUUUGAAAACAAACAAGAGACUUAGAUACGCUUAUUAAGGUUAUCGACAAUGUACCCACAGUUCAACAAUAACAAAAUAGAAAAAUGUGAAAGACUUAACCUCGACAGCUAUAAGCUGUAUAACCUAUACAAGCUAUAAGCUGUAGCCAACAGCGUGAAACCUUUAUUUUUGUAAACAUAUGGUAUGUGAACAAACUAAAAGCAUUUAACUUGGGUCUUGUCCUAGAUGAGAACCUAAACUGUAUUUUUCUUUUCACUUUAUAUACAGUUAUUUAUGUGACCCUGCCCGCCAAAGAAUGUUUACAUUAUGUAGGAUGAUUUUAUGUAAAUAACUGUUUUCAUGUGCAGGGUCACAUAUGGUGAUUUACUUGUAUAUAAAAAAACAUUAACAC